ACUGAUCAGCCCACUUGGUCGGGGUUUGUGUCUCCAUGCAAGACUGCUGAAAAAGAAGCUCUGACUCUCGCACUUUCUUUGAUUUUGCAAAGGCAAGCAGACGCAGCCACACAACACGCCCGUCCACGGCAACAAAAGCACAAGAAGUGAAAAGGCUCUAAGUAUUUUUUUCCUAGACUCACCAGUGUCUCACAGCUCCCUGCACAAUGUCUGGAGAGGACGCACCUGCCCAGCAGCAAAACGCCGUGGACCAGAAGCAGGAGACCAAACCAGCGGAGGAGCCCAAAACCGAGUCGCCCAAGACGGAGUCCGCUCCCGCCGCUGCCGCCGAAGCAGCGGCUACCCCUGCGGCGACCACCGAGAAGGUCCCCGAGGAGGAGGCGUUCACCUACCGCGCUCUGGUGCUCACCGGCUACGGGGGCUAUGAUAAAGUGAAGUUGCAGGUGAAGAAAGGCAAGCCGGCGCUCAAGGCCGGUGAGGUCCUGGUGCGGGUCAAGGCUUGCGGGCUGAACUUCGCCGACUUGAUGGCCAGACAGGGGCUGUACGACCGGCUGCCAUCCCCGCCGGUCACCCCGGGAAUGGAGUGCUCCGGGGUGGUGGAGGCUGUAGGGGAAGAAGUGACAGACAGAAAAGUCGGUGACAAGGUGAUGGUGCUGAACCGCUUCGGGCUCUGGCAGGAGGUGGCGGUGGUGCCGGCAACCCACACCUUCCUCAUCCCAGAGGGCAUGAGCUUCGAGGAGGCAGCGGCCCUUCCUGUCAACUACGUCACCGCCUACAUGAUGCUGUUUGAUUUCGGCAACCUCCGGCCCAACCAGAGCGUCCUCGUCCACUCUGCUGCAGGUGGUGUGGGUAUCGCAGCCACCCAGCUGUGCCAGACGGUGAAGGAUGUGACUGUGUUCGGCACGGCGUCGGCCAGCAAGCAUGAGACCAUCAGCCAGGGCGGAGUCACGCAUGCCAUCGACUAUCGCACCAAGGACUACGUGGAGGAGGUCCGCAAGAUCAGUCCCAAAGGGCUGGACAUAAUACUGGACCCUCUCGGAGGAUCAGACACCCAUAAGGCCUACAACCUGCUGAAGCCUAUGGGCAAACUUAUUACCUAUGGUACGGCUAACAUGCUGGCAGGCCAGAAGAAGAACCUGCUCGCCGUGGCCAAGAACUGGUACCACCAGUUCUCCAUCCACACGCUCAGCCUGAUCCAGGGCAACAAGUCGGUGUGCGGCUUCCACUUGGGCUACCUGGACGGUGAGACAGAGCUCAUCACACAGGCCAUGAACACCAUCCUGGAUCUCUACAAGCAGGGCAAGGUCAAGCCCCGCAUCGACUCCACUUGGCAUCUUGAGCAGGUGGGCGAUGCCAUGAGGAAGAUGCAGGAGAGGAACAACAUCGGCAAAAUGAUCCUCACCACGGAGCCGAUGCCCGAGGAGGAGAAGAAAGAGGAGCCCAAGAAGGAUGACAAGAAGGAGGACAAGAAGAAGGAUGACAAGAAGAAGGAUGACAAGAAGAAGGACGAUGCCAAGAAGGAGGAGAAGAAGGACGACAAGAAGAAAGAAGAGCCCAAGAAGGAGGAGAAGAAGGAGGAAGAGAAGAAGGAAGAGGUCAAGAAGGAGGAGAAGUGAGAGGGAGGGAUGGAGAGUCAAGCAGACCACCUGGGGGUUUGUGUCCUGGG